AUGUAUAACAAUCUGAAUAGGUUUCUCUCAGUCUUUCUGCAUAACUAUGUCCAAGUUUCUGACCAAACGCUGACCACGACCCCACUGCUGAAGCCCGGGCAGACCACUCCACUGAGCACAGUGCAGAUCAUCUCUCACCAGGGUCAGCAGAAGGCAGGUCCCACCAUACAGCAGAUCCAGCAGAUCAUUCAGCAGCACCAGCAGAAGGCUCCUUCAGCCCAGGGCCAGUCUAUCCAGCAGUCUGCCCCAACUAUCAUCACCCAGCUUGUCACCCAGUCCAUGGCACAGAUGAUUACCAAACCUACCACCGCCAUUGCUGCGUCGCCUGCCAGGCCGGGCACAGCUGUCACCAUAGCAAUGCCGGUUACCAUAACAACACCUAUGCAACAACAGACGGCAGGGCAGACCACGGUGACUGUGGUGGGCACCUCGGUCUCCAGCCUAGCCACGCCCACUGUGUCAUUAUCUCAUUCAGUAACCCACACGGCAGCGCCCCCUAACGUGACAAUUACUCAGGCGGCAGUGAUACCGUCAGCAGCAGCGGCCACGGUAACCCAGGUCUCCGCGGCAACUGCGGCCGGGGUAUCACGCCCAGCACAGACCCCGGUUAUUGUCAGCGAGCAGCAGGGCACGCAACAGAGUCCCGUAAAGCAGGUUCAAGUAACGGUGCCGCCAGCACAGACUAGUAAACCGGAGACGGUGAUCAGUGUGACGUCAGAGGCAGGAACGCCGGGACAGGCAACACAGCAGCAGCAGGGAGGGGACGCCGCUGCUCAGCAGUCUAAAACACCCUACGCUAUGAGGCUACGGAAUCCACCAAGAAAUACGUAA